AGCAAAGAGCAGCAGAGCAGUUGGAGCAGAGUUGCUGCGCGGACGGACGCGCUCCCACGUCUCCCCGAGUCUACGUCUCAAGAGCCUGCACCGAACCUUGGACCGAGAUUCCCAUUAGGGCUCCACGUGUGCACGAACCGAGUGACCACAGUGGACACUCGCAGCGGAUAAAAAGUGAACCAAUAAGAAGAAGUGGAGAAGAGAGUCGUGCGUAAAAGGACCCAAAAGGCGCGCAAGUGUUGGUGUGGACUCACCGCGACUCGUGUCAGGAGCGACAGUCACCCAAAGGGGGAAAGUGGACCACCUUCCCACCCCGGCUUCUGGCGCCCUCCUCCAUGGAUGUAGAACUUGAUUAAGAGCCGGCGGCUCUCUCCACUUCUCCACCAAGGCAGCCCGGCAGCUGUCGCCACUCCGGGCGGGAGGGGGUGGUUUUGAUGGAUUUAUAACAACACCGUCUCCACUGGAGGACACACAAGAGCCCAGUUAAAACACUUUUUGGACUACAUCAUCCAAAUGGGGAUUUCAAUCUUCACCAGCUGGGAGUAACAAUAAAACACCAGUGAGGAUCAGAGAUUCAGAAACUGCUGGUGGCCAAUGCCAAGACCAGGAGGCCGACUGCAGGCUUCUUACGUUCACCGCAGCCGAUAAAUGCCACACAGCAUCCCCACCGUCGAGAAGAUGGACAGGGUCUGCACACUCUGCCUUCUCCUACUCUGCUGUUGGGACAGAGUCUCGGCCAGAUCGCACAACGGAGGCGGGAGAAUGAAAGAUCUUCGGGCCUCCAGGCCUCUGAUUGUGCCAGGUUAUCCAGAAAACAUUACAGCGCUAGUUUACGGUCAAGCGACGCUGGUUUGUAAGGUCCACCGGCCGGCGUCCACCAAGGUGCAGUGGCUGAAGGAAGAGCUUGGUGGGUGGGGGCAGGGAGGAGAGCCACACCUCAGAACCCUCACGCCCCUGCAGAGCAAUACAUCCAAGGUGAACACCCUGCACCUGUCCAAUAUCAGUCUGGAAGAUGGCGGCAAGUACAUCUGCAUGGCAGAGAGCAAACAUGGCGGAAAAACUGUACAAGCCAUGAAGUCGGCGUGGCUGGAUGUCCUUCCGGGCACCGUAAUUUCCCCAGACCUGAGCGAGGAGACCACAGUCCAUCUUCUCCUAGAAGCAGGCAACGUUCUGAAACUGAGCUGCGAUGCGAGCGCUCGGCCAGGCAUGGCAAUUAACUGGUAUAAAGAGGGAAUCCGGUUAGCGCCCACUCCCCGAACUCAUAUCCGUGGCGCUGUCAUGGAGAUCACAGAUACUACGUAUGGGGAUUCAGGAGUUUACGUCUGCAUUCUCCGUGGAACUAGAGAAGCUUUGAGGAACUUUACUGUCACAGUGACUGACUCGUUGGGCUCGGGGGAUGAUGAUGAGGACAACGGCCUGGAGGACUCAUCAUCCGAGGUGGACAACGAUCAAGUUUACAUUUCUAGAGGUCCUUACUGGACCCACACCCAGCGUAUGGAGAAGAAGCUCUAUGCCGUCCCGGCAGGCAACACAGUGAAGUUCCGUUGCCCAGCCAUGGGCAGCCCUGUGCCCACUAUUCGCUGGCUGAAAAAUGGGCGGGAAUUUAGAGGAGAGCACCGCAUCGGUGGCAUCAAACUGAGACACCAGCACUGGAGUCUGGUGAUGGAGAGCGUUGUCCCCUCAGACAGAGGAAAUUACACCUGCCUGGUGGAGAAUAAAUAUGGCUCCAUUGCUCACAGCUACAUCCUUGACGUUCUGGAGCGCUCCCCCCACAGGCCAAUCCUGCAGGCGGGUCUACCGGCCAACACCACAGCUGUCGUGGGCAGCGACGUCCAAUUCCACUGUAAAGUCUACAGCGACGCCCAGCCGCACAUUCAGUGGCUCAAACACAUAGAGAGGAACGGCAGCCGAUACGGUCCUGAUGGGACGCCCUACGUCCAGGUUCUCAAGACGGGCAGUUUGAACAUGUCUGAAGUGGAGGUGCUGUACCUGUCAAAAGUCUCCAUGGAGGACGCAGGAGAGUACACUUGUCUGGCUGGGAACUCCAUCGGUUACACCCACCAGUCCGCAUGGCUCACUGUCCUUUCUGAGGAAGAAGCUGCUGAUUCCAUGGACACCAUGGAGACCAAGUACACCGACAUCAUUAUCUAUGCCUGUGGCUUCCUGGCUCUGAUCAUGGCCAUCGUCAUCGUGGUUUUAUGUCGGAUGCAAGUCCACCCAAGAAGGGAGCCUUUUGAUGCCCUGCCGGUCCAGAAGCUUUCCAAAUUCCCACUGCGCAGACAGUACUCUGUGGAGUCCAACUCGUCAGGCAAGUCCAGUGCAUCUCUAAUGAGAGUGGCUCGCCUUUCGUCAAGCUGCUCUCCCAUGCUGGCUGGAGUGAUGGAGUUCGAAUUGCCCUACGACCCGGACUGGGAGUUCCCCAGGGACAAUUUAACACUGGGGAAGCCUCUGGGUGAAGGCUGCUUCGGCCAAGUGGUUAGAGCCGAGGCCUACGGCAUAAACAAGGACUCUCCAGACCAGGCCACAACUGUGGCGGUUAAGAUGCUCAAAGAUGACGCCACAGACAAAGAUCUUGCAGACCUGAUAUCAGAAAUGGAGCUGAUGAAGGUGAUGGACAAACACAAGAACAUCAUCAAUCUGCUGGGUGUCUGCACUCAGGACGGACCUCUGUAUGUCCUGGUGGAGUAUGCCUCCAAGGGCAGUCUGAGGGAGUACCUGCGGGCGAGACGGCCUCCCGGCAUGGACUAUACUUUUGACGUAACCAAGGUGCCCGAGGAGCAGCUCACUUUCAAGGACCUGUUGUCUUGCGCGUACCAGGUGGCCCGAGGGAUGGAGUACCUGGCCUCCAAACGGUGCAUCCACAGAGAUUUGGCAGCAAGGAAUGUUCUGGUGACCGAGGACAACGUCAUGAAGAUCGCCGACUUUGGUCUGGCAAGAGGGGUCCACCAGAUCGACUACUACAAGAAAACCACCAACGGACGGCUUCCGGUGAAGUGGAUGGCGCCCGAGGCCUUGUUCGACAGAGUCUACACACACCAGAGCGACGUGUGGUCGUUUGGUGUGCUCAUGUGGGAGAUCUUCACGCUGGGAGGGUCCCCAUACCCUGGCAUUCCAGUCGAGGAGCUCUUCAAGCUGCUGAAGGAAGGACACCGCAUGGACAAACCCUCCAACUGCACACAUGAACUCUACAUGAUGAUGCGCGAGUGCUGGCAUGCUGUUCCCACCCAGAGGCCCACCUUCAAACAGCUGGUGGAGGAACUGGACAAAGUGCUGUUGUCCAUCUCUGAUGAGUACUUGGACCUGUCCACGCCCUUCGAGCAGUACUCGCCGUCAUGUGAGGACACAUCCAGCUCCUGUUCCUCAGACAACGACUCGGUUUUCACCCACGACGCCUUGUCCUCCGAGCCCUGCCUGCUGGGCUACCAGGAUGUGCGCUCCCACAUCGACAUGAAGAAGGCACUCCGAUAGAUGGACCACAUGUCGCUUUAAAAGUUUUGAUCCUCCUAGAAAAAGUUUCCAUUCGACCUUCACGGUGGCACCAGACAAAGCCCUUAGACACCAGAGGACGUCCCCAAACCUAAUUACGAAUGUAUGGAGCACUGACGAUGAAGACGGAGGACAUUCAGGACUCAACUUUGGACACCUUAAAAAAAACAAAACAGCUGGGACGGUUUUGGCAACCUGAAGCCAACCCUGGUCUUUUUAUCAAAGACAUUUUAACAAAAGAAAAGAAUCGAUUUAUUUUGCUAUGUUUGAAAAAAAUAAUAAUAAGAAAAGUUGUUAAUUAUAAAUCUCUCUAUAUUAUAAGAUUAUUUUACUUUUGUGUUGCUUAUUUAAAACAAAAAACAGUCUUAAAUCUCAGGAUCUCAGAAGUUUCUGUCAUAACGGCAGCAAAGUGCCUGAAUUUGUGAUUCCCUGUGAAUAUAUUCAAAUAAUACAAAUAUCGUAUGUAUAUAUCAUCAACAAAAAUACAUUUGCCUUUUAUAAAUUAUUUUAUAUGCUGCAAAAAUAGAAAACAUUCGUUUAUAUUUUUGUACCAAAACCACAAAUAUGUGCCCUGCGAUUGACUGGCAACCAGUCCAGGGUGUACACGGCCUCUCGCUCGAUGUCAGCUGGGAUAGGCUCCAGCAUACCCCCACAACCGCGACCCUAAUGAGGAUUAAGGGGCAUAGGAAAUGGAUGGAUUUUUACAUUUGAAAUGACUUUAAAGGUCCUUAUAUGUCAGUGGUGGUCUACAUGACCAUAACAACAAGGUCCUGGUCAGAGAGUCCUGGUUUAGGGACUUGUGGGGAGCCCAAGCCCACUGUCACUGCUGAGGGCAAAGUGGUAGUGGGGGGUGGUUAUGUGGUCGGGGGGUGGGCGCGAAUGUGAAAGCCAGUGUGAUUGAUUUCAAAUAGAAGAGACGUGAGGGAAUGGAGAUAGAGGCGAGGGGUGGGGAGGGUGCUGGGUUGUCUCCUUUGUGAGGCGGUAACCCUUCACCCAGCCCCAGUGCUGCCGAGGGGUCCCCCAGGUCUGCUGCCGGGCUGGACAAUGAGGGCCUUUAAAAAAAAAAAAAAGGGUGUGUCCAUGGGCCUACUGGCGCUUGUGUGUAAAUGAAGAGGCUCUUAUUAUGUUAAUAACACACGGCCACCCCCACUCCCUAUCUUGAUCCCUGGACGCCAUCUUUGAAAUGAAAAAGUCUUAAUUCAACAUUUGCCACCAAGAGCAGCUGUAGAGAAGCUCCCCCAGGGAGAUGAAAAUCCCAAAUGUAAGCAAAAGAAGAAAGCUAAGAGUUGUAUUUUCUUAUAUAUUUAUACUCUGGACCACAUUUUGAAGGCGUCAGUGAAGUUAUUUUACUUUCUGUGUUGUUUGGAAUGAAGCUCUUAAUGUUUUCAUGCUCCACUCAUUCCAUUUUUGUAAACAGUGACCACCUUCUGCAAUGUUUUCCCCCCUCCCCAUAAGAAAAGUUAUUCUAGAAAUAUCUAAUUUAUUUGUUUAUUGUCAUGUUUUUAUAUGAAAUAAAGUA